AAUCGGAAAACAUAUCAGCUAAGGAUGACUUUAAAUGUCUUGCAGUUUUCUGUUAUUGGGAACCCUUGCAACAAUACUCUUUCAAGAAGUUUUAGCCUAUCAACCGGGACCAUGUCGAACGCUGGUCCAGAAAUAUCCUCCCACCACAAUUAAAGGGAAAUUGAUACAUCAUUCUAUUUACCUGGACACUUUCAAACAGGGACAAAAGGAGGAACACAAGCCACUUAAUUUAUGCCUUCACGUUAAUUUCCCACAAAAUAGUCUGAAGGAGUAUACGGUUAUAGGUACGGAUAAUAUGGACUUUGUGGUUCUGUACAAGUGUAACUACUUCAAGGACUCAAAGUCAAACGUGGAGCUGAUCAACACAUAUACUAGGGUAAAAACUCCAAGCAAAGCUACCUUGACUGGAAUUUCCGAGGCUUACAAAAAGAAUGGUCUAAAUGAAAACCGCGUGCUGGUCAUGUGUCAAUAGAAUAGAGAGCCAGAAACUAAUUCAAUUUGUGCAACACAAGUAAAGGUUUAAAAUAUGCGCAACGAAUUUUUA